UUUAGGGCUGUAGAGGGACUAGAAGCAGAUUAUGUGCACAGGUGCUGCCGUGCAGACUGUCAGACACUAUGUGGGCCAGUCAGAUGGAGUGAUAGUCUGAAAACAACCCGGCUGGAUGUGUUUUAACCUUUAACCGCGUUUAACUCAACAGGAAUACGACGCAAGAGCCGGCUGCUGUGAAGAUUAUGAGUGAGGUGGUUAUCACGAAGUCUCAGGAGGAAUAUGAGGACGACUUUGAGAAGGAUCUGGACUGGCUGAUCAGUGAGGAAAGCAGGAGUGAGGACCAGCUUGUGUGUGUUUCCGCCCCACAGGGUCCUGACUAUGAGGACAUAGAGGCAGAAAUAGACAAAGAGCUGGAGGAGGAUGAGAAACAGAGAGGAAAGAAAAGAAAGCCCAAAAGCCACAAGGAGGAGAAGAGAGGCAAGAAAACAGAGGAGAUGGAGGAAGAUGAAGAGAGGUGGCCCUCGCCGAUGGAGCCACUAGAGUAUGAUUCAGACAGUGACAACCCAAAUAAGUCAGCAGCAAUUGUUCCACCUCCUCCAGGGAUGGAUGACCAGACAGAUGAGGAGAAGAAGUACAUCCUGGAGAAGAUCCAGCAGGCCAAUCGGGAGCUGCAGGACCAGGAAGCUCCGGAUAUGACAAGACGCAGGCGGCUGCAUUUUAAAGAGAAGCUGGUGGACCUGGUGGUGCCUCCACUGCAGUUUGAGAAAAAUGGAAACAAUGGUGAGGUGGAAGGGGGGCAGGCCAGCAAGGAUAAAUCCAAGGAUUCAGAGGCAGAGAUUGAAGUGUCGGGGAAGCUUUCUGAGCUGAAGCUUUCCCCUCGAGAGGAGAGCAUAGGAUCUAGAGGAUCUGGCAGGGCUGUGGAGAGCAGUGAGGGAGGCGUAAAGGAGGGCAGAGUCCUUGUAGAGAAGGAUGGUAAGUUUGACCUGGUCAGCCUGAAAGAGGUGGAGAGUCAAGGACUUCUCCCUCCGAUAGCAAACAGUGACUACUCCUCCCCACGUCACCAGGAGCAGGCUGUGAGCUCCGGUAAGACCCACAGGUCCUCCUCCUCUCCUCGUCCUCGUGCCGGCUCGUCCCCCUUCCAACAAAGCAUUGAUCACCUCCGCGCCCCCAGACCUCCAGCUCAGCCCAGGAACAGACCCAGCUCAGCCAGCCACAGCCAGAGAGGCAGCCAGAGGAGAGGCAGCAAGCGGCGGGUGCAGUCAGCCACGGGGACACCCUGCCAGGCCACCUACACCCUCUCCCCUCAGCAGAAGGAGCUGCUGCAGAGGAUCCAGGAGAGGAAGGAGAAGCUGGCCAGAGAGGAGGAGCAGAGGAAACUGGAGGAAGAGGAGCAGAAGCGGCAGGAGAACGAGCUGGCGUUCAAGGCCUGGCUGAUGAGGAAGAGGGAGCAGUUUCAGGAGGAGAGAAGGAUCCAGCGAGCGCAGGAGAUGGAGAGGAUGAAUACUAAGAAAGACUCCAGCGACCCAGAGGAGUCCUUCAGGCUGUGGCUUCAGAGGAAGCAGGAGCAGCAGCAGAAAGAGAGGCAGCUGGUGGAGCUGAAGAGGCUGGAGGAGGACAGUGGUUACCUCCUGCACAGCCGCGAGGAGUGUGAACGUGCCUUCAAGCUGUGGCUUAAGCGGAAACGUGCAGAGAAGCGGGCAGAGCAGCAGGCCGCUCGAGAGCGCUCCCGCAGGUUGGUGCUGGAGGAGCGGCGCGCACGACGCAUGAGGGACCUGCUGUGUACUGUCCAUGAAACCAAACCGUUCAGAUUCACCGAACAGCUGGCCUAUCGCUUCUGAACCAAACAAAUCCAACAUGUCCGCUGGAUUCACACAGCAUCACCUCAUGAAAACGCACAAAGCAGACAACACAAGACUUGACGUGAAACAUAAGACAUAGUUGAUUCUGUGUUCAGGUGUUGCUAGAGUUUUGUUUCAUCAUUUCUGUUCCUGUGCUGUGUUAAAGCACAUUUUGAAAAGUUUACCGCAGUGACCUCUACUCAGUGUGAAAAAGUAUAUUGAGUGAAUGAUUUUUUUACUUGUACUUAGUGUAGCGGCAGACGCACUUUAUUUUAAAUUGAAAUGACGCUCUUCAUGAAGAAGGGAGCUGAACCAUUUACCAUUUGUUAGCCUGCUGUAUGCCUUUUGUCAGAGAGUGUUUGGUUACACGCAGAUGUAUGAGAACACCUUCAAGUUUACAACAGGUUGAAACUGUAAAGGAAAAAUCUGUAAGAGGAGAUUUCUUCAAUUAAAAGGCGCUCUUAUUUCAUACAAAAGAAUCAAUAUUCAAUUUCCUGACAACACAGAAGAAAUAAAACAUUAAAUACAGAUGUGGAGUUUUAUAUUUUUAAUUUUUAGGCAUGUACACAUACAUUUUUGUGUGCUACAGCAUUUCAGAAUUAAAUAUCAGUGAAACAAAAGUGGCCAACCUCAUACCAACAGGAUUAAGCUUCUUGGUUAGCAGUUUGAAUCUAUUGUAGGAAGAAAAAAAAACAAAAAAACUCUUUGCAUGUUUCUUUCCAUUGGAUUUACAGUGCACGACUCGGCCUAUCAUCUGAAUCAUCAACACAAAUAUAAAGACAUAAAAGAUAGAUACACAUAUGUAUUCCUUGAAACAGGAAUGAUGAACGUCUUUUCUGAAAAAAAGUUCCUCAUAAUAAAUGCCGACAGUUACGAGAGCAGCUGUCUAUUAAUAACAACACAUAAAUAAAAGUUAAACACCAUGUUCUUGUAUCAGUGAACAUGUAAACCAGUAUAUUCUGCUCUGUGUGCCCGGGAAGGAGCAGAGUGAUUAAACACAGCAACAACAAGAGGAGAAGUGGACAAAGUAGUAGACAGAGGACAUUUUUCAGUUUCAGGUUCAACACACAGAGAAGGACAGAGUGCAUGAUCAUAAAUAUUCAGCAUAUUAGAACGUAUCUCUUUCUUAAACUCUUUGAGGGAGAGCUUUAGGUACCCAAAUUAGAAAAACAGUGCACUGCCUACGUGGUAAAUCAUUAUUACUGGCACUGGAAUAAAAGAAACACACACUGAUGAAUAAUGUUGUUAGUAAUAGCAUAUGUAACGGUAUCAUUUGUGACUACUGACCACUGAAAAGAAGGUGUUUUUAAUAUCUUUACAUAGUGUUUAUGAAUAAAACCCAUUGAAUGAGUUGCCCAGAACAACAACAAC